UCCGCUGUCAGUCUCUCCGGCCCGCACAUCAGCUGCUCGGGAUCUCCAGCUCCGAGACACCCCGAGCCUGGCCGAGGGACCCCGCGAACCCCAACUCUGCCCCUGUUACCCCGAGGAGCCCCAACAUGCUCGGCAUCGACAAAUUGCCCAUCGAGGAGACCCUGGAGGACAGUCCCCAGACUCGCUCGCUCCUGGGAGUGUUUGAAGAGGAUGCGGCGGCCAUCACCAGUUACACCGGUCAGCUGUAUCGCGCCAUGCAGCGGAUCUACGACGCCCAGAACGAGUUGAGCGCGGCCACCCACCUGACUUCCAAACUCCUGAAAGAAUACGAGAAACAGAGAUUCCCUCUCGGGGGCGAUGAUGAGGUCAUGACUUCAACGCUCCAGCAGUUUUCCAAAGUCAUCGAUGAACUAAGCUCCUGCCACGCCGUACUCUCCACCCAGCUGGCGGACGCCAUGAUGUUUCCGAUCAGCCAGUUUAAAGAACGGGAUUUAAAAGAAAUCCUGACUUUUAAAGAAAUUUUCCAAAUGGCCAGUAACGACCACGAUCAAGCGAUUAACCGGUACAGCCGGCUGUCCAAAAAGAGAGAGAAUGAAAAGACCAAAUUCGAAGCCACGGAGGACGUGUACACGGCCAGGAAGAAGCAGCACCAGACCAUGAUGCAUUACUUCUGUGCUUUAAACGUCAUCCAGUACAAGAAACGCACCGCCAUCUUGGAGCCGCUGUUGGGGUACAUGCAGGCGCAGAUAAACUUUUUCAAAAUGGGCUCAGAAAACCUCAACGAUCAGCUGGAGGAAUUUCUGACGAACAUCGGUACGAGCGUGCAGAACGUCCGCAGAGAAAUGGACAACGACUUGGAAAACAUGCAGCAGACGAUACAGGACAUGGAGGUGGCCAGCGAACCGUUAUAUUUACCGGAUCCCGACCCAAAAAAGCUUCCCAUCAAUCGCAACUUAACCCGUAAAGCCGGCUACCUCAACAUUCGCAAUAAAACCGGGUUGGUGUCUUCGAGCUGGGAGAGAAAUUACUUCUUCACUCAGGGAGGGAAUCUGAUGAGCCAGGCCAGGGGGGACGUGGCCGGAGGUCUCGUCAUGGACAUCGAUAACUGCUCGGUGAUGGCCGUGGACUCCGAGGACAGGAGAUACUGCUUCCAGAUUACGGCUUUCGAUGGUAAAAAGUCUGUAAUCUUACAAGCGGAAAGCAGGAAGGACAGCGAGGAGUGGAUUACUACAAUAAAUAACAUCUCUAAACGCAUAUAUUUAACCGACAAUCCUGAGGAGACUGCGGCGCGAGUGAACCAGUCGGCCCUGGAGGCCGUCACUCCUUCUCCUUCCUUCCAGCAGCGGCAUGAGAGCCUAAAGCCCUCGGGAUCGUCUCGCCCUCGCACCGCGCGUACAAACAGCACCAGCUCGGUGGGAUCGGACUCCUCGGCACUCACUGCGCUCUCCCUGGACGCCAUCGUAGCGCCGGAUACCCCAAUUCAGUUUGAUAUCAUUUCUCCCGUCAGCGAAGACCAAUCCGGGCAACCAAAAUCCCAGUCUGGCAGACGAACAAAUCCUUUUGGUGAAUCUGGAGAGAAAUCGGAAUCGUCUGAAGACUCCAUUCUCCACCAGCUGUUCAUCGUCCGGUUUCUGGGGUCUAUGGAGGUUAAAGCCGAUGACAGCACGGAGGUUGUAUAUGAAACCAUGCGGCAGAUCCUGGCGGCCCGCGCCAUACAUAACAUCUUCCGGAUGACCGAAUCCCACCUCCUCGUGACCUGCGAUUGUUUAAAGUUGAUCGAUCCACAAACACAAGUCACGCGGCUGAGGUUUCCGUUACCCAGCGUCGUGUUGUACGCCACCCACCAGGAAAAUAAGCGUCUGUUUGGGUUUGUGCUCCGCUCGCCCGGCGGGGGAUCCGAGGGUCGCCAGUAUUCUGUUUGUUAUAUUUUCGAGUCAAACAACGAGGGUGAAAAGAUUUGUGAUUCCGUCGGAUUGGCGAAGCAGAUAGCGCUGCACGCGGAGCUGGAUCGCAGAGCGUCUGAAAAACAAAAGGAAAUGGAGAAAGUUAAAGAAAAACAGCAAAAAGAAAUCAACAAACAGAAGCAGAUAGAAAAGGAUCUGGAAGAGCAGAGCCGUCUGAUUGCGGCGUCGAGCAGACCAAACCAGGCGGGUGCGGACGGGCAGUUUGUGGUUCUCAGCAGCAGCCAAUCGGAGGACAGCGAUGUUGGCGAAGACGUGAAGAAAAAACGAGAAUCUGAAGCGUGAGACGGCGAGAGUCCUGGGCUGAAGUCAGUAGCACAAGACGCGUGCCAGGCAAACGGAAUCAAACGCUCCUUUUCUGUUAUUAAUAUUACGAAAGCCUUUUUUUUAACAAAACGAUGCCCCGUGCGUUGUUUUGCCUUUAAAAAAAACAUAAUUGCCAUGGUUUCUGUAAAGGGAUAUUGCGAGUCGUGCGUGACAUUGCAUUUUAUCGCGUGGAAAUGAGAGAAGCGCUGCAGUUAUAUUGCGCGGGAAGAUUGUCGGGACUCGUGAGAGAAGCUGCCCCGGUCCCAUCCAGAUUACCCCGACUCCUCCUGUGUCUUUUGUUCAGUGAUUUCUUUAGAUUUGAUAAUUAAUUAAUUGGUAGAUUAAUGGACGAUAUAAUGAAAGCGUUGAUUGCAACGAGGUGUUAAAAAGGUUUGUUAUCCCAGAAUGAGCGCGGGAUGCACUUCGGGUGGAGGGUUGUUAACGAUCAUGAAAUUUCCUGACGCCCAGCAGAGAAUGCGGCAACAUCGUAACUAAAAUAUGAUAUUUACUGCCGAUCUUCCCCUGGCGCAUGCUCGGUGGGAUGUCGGGGACGGGGCAGUUAUGGAGGGUAACUACGGCAGAUACUUUGAAUGAGAAGGGUUUUUGGUUUGAUCGUCACUCAGCUUCUCUCAGAGAACUAGGGCUCUAAACACUAAACGCAGAGAGAAUUAUACACAAUUAUAUUAAACGAAAUAUCCAACUUCAUUUCUAAGUAACUAUUUUUAAUGAAUCUCUUGCUAAUUCCGCCAUGGCCUUCGCGUGCAUCAAGCAACUCAAGCAGUCCGGUUAUUGAGGCCGAGGAGCUCUCCGUCCGUGGCUCCCGAUCAAAACUACCAUCAAGGAAAAAAAGUUGACGUCUGUGAAUGUACCGCUUUGCACUAAUUACUGUAAAUAGGGGAAUUCACUAAUCCGAGGAGAAGACAAAGUUUUGUGAAGCCGAAAGUUACUUUGUUUGGAAAUUGUGCAUUUGUGGUGGAUUAGGGGAGUGCGUUUGGUUGAGGCUGAUGUUGGGGUGGCCUUUGCUCGGUUGUUAGCGGGUUGUAGACGUGGAUGAUAGGGAUUGCGCUCCUUCUGUCUUUUAUAUGUAUUUUCCAAUCACACCACCCCGUGGUGCUUGUGGCCAUUAAGGAAUUUGUACUUGGAAAUUGUUUGCGGGGUCAAAAAUAAACCUUGACCUGCAUCUUAA